AUGGCAUUGGCAAGCAGAGCUACAAGACAGGCGCUGAAGGCAUCUCAGUCUGCCGCUUGGUCUUUCUCCUCUUCCCGGUUCUACUCGACUGCGGAAUCUGACCUGAAGACAGUUUUCGAGAAGGCCAUACCAGCCAAGAAAGAGCUCUUCCAGGAGGUCAAGAAGCGUGGUGAAGACGUCAUUGGUGAAGUGACCGUUGCCAGCACCAUUGGAGGAAUGAGAGGCCUCAAGUCUAUGGUCUGGGAGGGCUCUGUCCUGGAUGCCAACGAGGGUAUCCGUUUCCACGGCAAGACCAUCAAGGAUUGCCAGAAGGAGCUUCCAAAGGGCACCUCUGGAACAGAAAUGCUCCCCGAAGCCAUGUUCUGGUUCUUGCUCACCGGCCAAGUUCCCACCACCCCACAGGUCCGGGCUCUCUCCUCGGAAUUGGCCCAGAAAUCCCACCUCCCCAGACACAUCCUGGACCUUUUCAAGUCGUUCCCCAAGGAUAUGCAUCCAAUGACCCAAUUGUCCGUAGCCGUUGCUGCCUUGAACACUGAAUCCAAGUUCGCUAAGGCCUAUGCAGAUGGCCUCAGCAAGGCCAGCUAUUGGGAGCCUACUUUUGACGACAGCAUCUCCCUCCUCGCCAAGAUCCCCCGCAUCGCAGCGUUGGUAUUCCGCCCCGACGAGAUCGAGAAAGUAGGCACCCAGGAACUCGACCCAACUCAGGAUUGGGCAUACAACUUUGCAGAGCUCCUCGGAAAGGGUAGCAAGGUCAACGAGAGCUUCCACGACCUUCUCAGACUCUAUCUCGCCCUCCAUGGUGAUCACGAGGGAGGAAACGUGUCCGCCCAUGCCACUCACCUUGUCGGAAGUGCUUUGAGCGACCCCUACCUCAGCUACAGCGCUGGUCUCCUCGGCCUUGCUGGCCCUCUCCAUGGCCUUGCUGCUCAGGAAGUUCUCCGCUGGAUUUUGAAGAUGCAGUCCACGAUCGGAAACAAGUUCACCGACGCCGACGUCAAGAACUACCUCUGGUCCACCCUCAAGUCCGGCCAGGUCGUCCCUGGCUACGGACAUGGUGUCCUACGCAAGCCUGAUCCUCGCUUCGAGGCUCUGAUGGACUUCGCUAGCCGGAGACCUGAAAUCCAAGCCAACCCGGUUUUCCAGCUGGUCAAGAAGAACUCCGAAAUCGCCCCUGGCGUGCUUGCUGAACACGGAAAGACCAAGAAUCCCCAUCCCAACGUGGACGCUGCAUCGGGAGUUCUCUUCUACCACUACGGUUUCAGGAAACCUCUCUACUACACCGUUACCUUCGGAGUCAGCCGUGCCAUUGGCCCACUCGCCCAGCUCAUCUGGAGCCGUGCUCUGGGUCUCCCUAUCGAGCGCCCCAAGAGCGUCAACCUCCAGGGCCUCCUUGAUCUUUCCAGGAAAUAG